UUUUUACCCAAUACUGACUUAAGUGAGUAUUAUUCGGCUUGGUUUAUUUCAAAGUAGGAGUCUAAGGGAAUCCGACCACAUAAAUGCUGAUACUAGCUUUCAUCCAAUUUCUUGUAACAUUAAAGACGUUUCAUACCAGGUGCAACGACAAAGAUUAAAACUUAAUAUUGUUGUGGGCGAAAUUAAAGCUUCCCUUGCUGGUUGACCUAAAGCCUGCAUUGGUGUUUAUAAUACUGUGUUACUAUGAGGAAAAUACCAAAGCUUUCUCUAAUUUUUGAUGAGGAGAAAAGAAAAGAAUAUCUCACUGGGUUUCGUAAGAGAAAACUUGAACGUAAAGAGAGAGGACGUCAAGCAGCAGAAAAACAAUUAAAAGAAGAAAUUAAAGCUGUUAAAGCCAAAUACAGGGAAGCUGCUCGAAAAAAAAUUGAAACUGUUCAGUUGCCUGCGAUGCUAGAUUGUGUUGAAAAUGUCCGUUCCUGUGAAAACCAAACCAUUGGAAACCAUAACGUUGUUAUUCAAGAAUUGGAUAUUUCUCAUUGUCACUACUUCAUGGGAGCUUGCAAGGAGCAAGAUUCUAAGCCAGUUAACUGUGAUACAGACAGUUACCAAAAAACUACAUGA